AUGAGCAAGAAUUUCGAUUGGCCAGUUGGAAGCAAUGAGGCUAAGGACCGUCUAGGGGAGAGAUUCUCCCAACUCCAUUUGGACACCAAAAUCUCGGCAUCCCAUGCCAAACCAUUAACCAACGCUGACCCAGUAGUGGUCCCUAUCUAUCAUUCCUCAACUUAUCGCUUCAAGACCAUCGCCCAAUUCGACGAGCCCAACCAUGGUUCAAACUUCGUCUACCGUAGAUGCGGAAACCCGACGACGGAAAACGUGGAAGUUGUGAUAAAUGAGAUUGAAGGAGGAGCCGGUUCCCUGCUGUAUAAUUCGGGUCUCGCCGCGAUUAGUGCAGUGUUCUUAGAGUUCUUGGGUGCUGGAGCCCAUUUGAUUUCCAUGAGUCCAAUUUAUAGUGGAACAUCUUCAUUUAUAAAUGAGACUUUGAAACGAUUCGGGGUGGAAGUGACAUUUGUCGAUGUGGAGAAGGAGGCGAAUUUCGCAGAAGCCGUGGAGAAAGCAAUUAAGUCGAAUACCAAGAUGAUUUAUUUCGAGACUAUUGCCAAUCCAACCAUGGCUGUUCCAGAUGUCUUGGGAACGCUAGAAGUGGCAAAGAAGCAUAAGAUCCUCACCUGCAUCGAUGCCACAUUCUCCUCCCCCUACCUCAUCCAACCUCUCAGCCUUGGCGCUGAUAUCAGUCUUCAUAGUUGCUCAAAAUUCAUUGGAGGGCAUACCGAUGUGAUUGCUGGAGUGGUUACCGUAGCUAGCUAUGAUAACUGGAAGAAGCUGAAACUUCAGCAGUUGACUACUGGAAGUUCACUGUCCCCCUACGACGCUGCUCUCCUGACACGUGGCUUGAAAACCCUGGCUCUCCGUGUCGAUAGAAUCUCUGAAAACGCUCAAAAAACUGCCGAAUUCUUGGAGUCACAUCCGAAAGUCUCUCAUGUCUACUACCCCGGAUUGGAAUCUCAUCCACAGCACAGAUAUGCAAAGCAAGUUAUGAACAAGUUCUCUGGAAUGAUUGCUUUUGAUGUUGGAAGUGCUGAAAAUGCGAUUAAGUUGGUGGAGUCCUUGAAACUCAUCAUCCAUGCUGUAUCAUUGGGUGGUACUGAAUCUCUAAUCGAGCAUCCGUUAUCCAUGUCUCAUGGCAAACAACUGCUUCGUGAUUCAGACGGACCUACGGUGGCUCCAGGACUUUUGAGAUUCAGCGUCGGAAUCGAAAACGUUGAGGAUAUCAUUGGAGACUUGAAGCAUGCAUUGGAUCAGUUGUAG